AUGGCUAGAGAACUUCACAAUGCCUCUGUUUCGGAACCAGCUCCCAAUGAUAUUGAUGCUGAGAUUAUAUCAUAUUCCAAAAAUUUGAUUCAUCUUCAAGUGAAGCAGAAUGGUGCUUAUCGAAGUUGGAACCUGUUUUGUGUUUAUGGCCCUCCAAAUAGAUUAGAUAGGGGAAACUUUUGGCAGAGUCUGUCUAUAUAUUCUCAACAUGUAGAGGGUCCAAAAUGUUAUGUAAGUGACUUCAAUGCCAUUUCUUCAGUUAGAGAAAAAUUUGGAGGGGAUCAAUCUUUGAAUGGAACAAUAACUUACUUCAAUAACUUCAUCAGAGAUAAUCAUCUUCUAGAUUUGGUUUUUUCUGGUCCAGCUUUUACUUGGACAAAUGGAAGACAAUUUCAGAGCUUAAUUAGGCAAUGUCUAGACAGAGUUAUAACAUCUCCAGAAUGGUGUCUGAUGUUUGAAAGCUCAGGGGUUUUUCAUUUUCCAAGAUUAUCGAGUGAUCACCCAACAAUUAUUCUUAAUACUUGCAGAAACAUCCCGCGAAAUCCUCCUUCUUAUAGGUUUGAAGCUUAUUGGUGCUCUCAUCCAAAUUUUCUUAAAGUUGUUUUAGAAAGAUGGAAUAUUAAUCUUUCAAAUGAUUUGAUUGGAUAG